AUGUCGUAUAAAACACAACAACAGGCCAGCCUGAACGGCUCAUCGUCAUCGCCAAAACCACUGGCCGGUCCAGUGGGAUAUACGCUCCCCGGUGUCAUCAGCUACUUGACCUCGGAAUUCACCAACUUGGAGCGGUACAAGAUCGUCAACAACAUCGAAAAGUCCGAGAUGAAGUUCAAGAUCCAGCUGUUGGUCAGCGAGGUCAACAGCCUCAAGUUUCUCAACAACAAACAGGCGCUACGCAUUAAGGAGCUUGAAGAGAAAUUGAAACUGAGCCAGAGCGGAGAAGCAAAGACGCAGGAUACAAAGGAAUCGUCAUUGAGGUUGGAGGAGAUCCCGCCCGUGGAUUUGCAGGUGCUUCGUGACUCCAGACUGAGAUUGAACAAAGCCAUCAAGGAUGCGCUCGAGCUUCUCAAACCGCCCAGCGCCGGCGAUCUUUUGAACGAGUUCAAUAUCAACGACCAUCUGGACUUGGAUAAAUUGCUAGAUUCGACCGAUAGCGAUACGCCGGUGGAGCCCUCGAAGGAGAAGGACCUCCAGCUGCACAAGGAAUCGAUCUUUUCGCUAUACACGCUCAACAGCGACGACAUUUCGGCGCACCUGCGGAAUUCGCUGCAUCACGAGGCUGACGUCGAGAAGCUGGCCGGUUCUGCGCUUGACGAUGCUGUGGCUACCCAGAGAGAGGCUGCUGUUGAGAGCGGUGUUGUGGGCGAGGAGAGCGAGACCGAGACUGUGAUUGUCGACGAGCCCGAUGUGGCGCGCCUUCUCAUUUCUGAGGAUGUUGAUGUGCCGCAAGCGCUUUCCCCUGUAGAUAUGAGCCAGACGGUUGCACCCAGUAAGUGA